AUGAAUGAGUUCCAACAGAAAGUCCAGCAGUACAAAGAGUAUAGCCACCUCUACCAUCCUCGCCCUAAAGCACCUCAAUUCAACAAUCUCCCUUCUCACCAUCCAACUCAAGGUCCUUUCUACUACACCGCAGGUGACACAAAAAUCGACACUGCCCCUGUUGGCCAUUAUUUCCCUGCAAGUUUAGUAGAUGGAACAAAUGGUAAGCCAAGGGACUACCCCUGGGCUCCCUCGGGUCACGUGGAUCCUCUUUAUUACUGUUCUGAUGAGGUAACUCAGGCCCAGGGAUACGAAGUUGAUCUGGGCUCGAAUCAACCACCUGACUACUACAGGAACAUGUCUCGAUGUCUGGAAGCACCAAAAAACGUCUCUAUCAACGACGGCACCCGCUUGCUUCUCUCUCAGCCUGUAUACACUGAUAUCCUUCGGUAUGCGGAAGACCUGAGCUACGAAAGAAGAGUAGUCUCGGCAGCGGUAUACAACUCCUAUCCUCAAAAUACAAGUUAUCCAAUCACCCAAGCACUCUACUACCCAGUUCAGCAAGUCUACCUGUCAGCCUAUCACUCAUGGCCACCGGACACAUCUAACAAUCAUGCAAAAAAGCCGCGGCUGCUCAACCCCAGAGUGAAGGCUCUAAAGCGAGAGCACAACCAGUCAGCAUUUUGCUCUAGUGCUCCGGUUACCCAACAAGACAGACCUUUCCUGCCUUCGUUGCAAGACGAAGAAGACUUAUCAGUUACACCUAUAGCAGAGUAUGACGAUACUGACUCCUUUGACAAAGAGUUCGAGCUGCUCAACAGGGCAAUCAGCUACUUCGUGCGGUACAUUAAGAGAGCCCACAUGGAUCCCAAUGACCAUGGAGACUUCUCUUCAGACUCCUCCAUGGGCAGUAUAUACACUGAAGAAAGUACUGAUCCUGAACUUGAAGCAGGCUCAUUUGAACAGACAGACACCAAAGAGUUCGCCGAUCCAUCGCCACGAUCAACCAACACACUCCACUCCAUGCUGGCACUUUUUAAUCCCCCUCUUAGCUCAUAG